AUGUCAAACUGGGAAAUCGAUCAACCCGCAGCCGAAGCGCUAUCGGUGGCUGAGAGCGAUACAGAGGAUGACGUAGGUGAGCAGGUUCACGCCUUCCGAAAGCCUCAGGUCCGCUGCUUGGGCGUUGCCGGCUCCUUGCGCGAAAUCCCAAACGGACAACGUCUCACAACCGAUGGGGUCGGUCCGCAGGGGGAUGGCGAUGCGGCUUCCGUCGAGGUCUAG